AUGGAGUUUAUAGCACUCAAAAACCAAAGUUUAGGGGUGAUGACUGUGGUGGUGAUGGCGAUUGUGGUGGCGAUGGUGGUUUGUGGUGGAGGUGGUGGUGAUGGCAGUGGGGGUGGCUGUGGCGGCGGUGAUAGUGAUGGUGAUGAUGAUGAUGCUGGCGAUGGUUGUGGUGAUGGUGAUAGUGGGGAUGAUGGUGCGGGUGAUAAUGGUGGUGGUAGUGGAGGUAAGGGUGGUGGCAGUGGCGGUGGCAAUGAUAGUGAUGGUGUUGGAGGUGAUGGUGGUGAUGGUGGGGCCGGUAGUGGGGGUGGCGGUGGAUGGUGGUGA